GGUGGAGGAGCGCGCGAGCGCACCCAGUCACCUGCGCCCCGCCGCUUGCAUUGCCGGCCGGAGUCGCGCGCCCCCGCGCGCCCACACGCAACCGCUUUAUAAACGCACGCGCAGCCUCCGCGCGCUUCGCUCAAAAAACACAAGCCCACAGACGGGGACCGACCGGGGGAAUGGCGCGGAGUGCGGCGCGGCUCGUCCUCCUCCUCCUCUCUCUCCUCCUCUUCCUCUCGCUUGAGGACUUCCUGUCCGGGACGGUGACGGGGACCGGGACCGCGGCGGGAGGACCGAAGCCCGGCUCGGAAAAGGACGCGGCGGCGGCGGCGGGCGCGUGCGAGGUCAAAACGGUGACGGUGUCCACGCUGCCCGUGCUGCGCGAGAGCGAGCUGAGCGUGGGUUCCGGGAGCGCGGGCGCGGCGGACUCCCGGCUCCUGCUGUUCGUGCGGAGUGAUGUACCGGGGGCCGUGUCGGUGCUGGACGACCUGGACAACACCGCGCUGCCCUACUUCACCCUCGAAAUGUCGGGGACAGGUGCCGAUAUCUCGCAGGUGCACUGGAAGCAACAGUGGCUGGAGAACGGGACGCUCUUCUUCCACGUGUCCAUGAGCAGUUCAGAGCAGCUGUUCCAGGCCACACAGCCCACAGCACGAGAGCCAUCACAGGGCCUGCACGAGCAUGUGCACCUGCUUCACAUCUCCGUCAUGGGUGGUCUGAUCGCUCUCCUCCUCCUCAUUCUUCUCUUCACUCUGGUCCUGUACACUCGUCAGCGAUGGUGCCGGCGCCGCAGGGCUCCACAAAAAAGCGCCAGCACUGAGGCCACCCACGAGAUCCACUACAUUCCUUCAGUCCUGCUCGGACCACCGCAGUCCAGAGAUGGCUUCCGGACGCCUCGUGCCCACCAGCACGGCUCGGUCAUUGGCAUGGCCAUCCGUGAGACGCCCAUCCUGGAUGACUGCGACUGUGAAGAUGACGAGCAGCCUGGACAGCUCCUGGAUGGGAAGAUUCACAUGGACGAGGACUUCUGCAGCCAGGGCACUCGCAGCAUGGAUAGUCUGGGAAAAGGAGGAUUUGAUGCCAAUAGUAAACACAGCCUGGAUAACAGAGUCAUCGACUCCCAGCACGAGUCCGUGGAAGCUUUAGUGCAGAGAAUCAAGGAUAGUUUCCGUACCAAUGCCACCAUGGAGAUCACGCAUUUCCAAAAUGCAACACACAGCUCGUCCACCAGCCGCAAACGAGGACCGAUUCAAAACAGAGGUGGUGUGUUUGGCCCUCAGGAGUGUUCCAGCUCUGAUGUGGAUGAUGAGAAUCAGCUGAAAUUCUACACAGAGCACCGCGUAGGCAGACGCCGCAGUAAAGGUUGCCCUCAGAGCCCCAUGAGUAAGACCACUUUGACCUUGAUCACAGUGAGCACCUGUGUCCUCGCCAUGGUGUACGGCUCACAGACCUCCUGCCCACUGACCGUCAAAGUCACGCUGCACGUCCCCGAGCACUUUGUCGCAGACGGUAGUAGUUUUGUGGUGAGCAUGGGCAGUUACCUGGACGUAUCUAACUGGCUGAACCCGGCCAAACUGACACUGUAUCAUCAGUCCAACUCUUCCUCUCAGUGGGUGCGUGAUUACUGCGGCCAGAGGACCAUAGAGCCCUGUGAACAGUUGUGUGACCAGGAUACGGGAGAAUGCAGCUGCCUGGAGGGUUAUUCGCCCGACCCUGAGCACACGCACCUCUGCAUCCGCACCGACUGGGGACGGAAUGAAGGGCCGUGGCCGUACUCAAACCUGGAACGGGGUUAUGACCUGGUGACUGGAGAACAAGCUCCAGAAAAGAUCUUCAGGUCCUCCUACAGUCUGGGCCAAGGCCUUUGGCUGCCCGUCAGCAAAAGCUUUGUGGUGCCACCGGUCGAGCUGUCAAUCAACCCUGUCGCCAGCUGCAAGACUGAUGUCCUCGUCACAGAGGACCCUGGGGACAUCCGGGAGGAGGCCAUGAUGUCCACACACUUUGAGACAGUAGAUGAUUUGCUGGCAUCAUUCGGCCCGGUGAGAGACUGCUCCAGGGACAACGGUGGCUGCAGGAAGAACUUUAAGUGUGUUUCCGACAGACGGCUCGAUUCCACAGGCUGCAUGUGUCCUGAAGGCUUGCGGCCUAUGAAGGACGGAUCAGGUUGCUAUGACUACUCUGUGGGUACAGACUGUACGGACGGCUUUAAUGGUGGCUGUGAGCAACUUUGUCUUCAGCAGCUCGUGCCCCUGCCAGACGAUCCCACCUCCAACAACGUGCUCAUGUUCUGCGGGUGUGUACAGGAAUACAAGCUGGCAGCAGAUGGACGCUCCUGCCUUCUCUUAGCUGAUAACUGCGAAGGCCCCAAGUGUCCUAAACAAGACUCGCGCUUUAAUGACACGCUCUUCAGCGAAAUGCUGCACGGCUACAACAACAAGACACAAGAGGUCAACCUGGGUCAAGUGUUUCAGAUGACCUUCAGGGACAACAACUUCAUUAAGGAUUUUCCUCAGCUGGCUGAUGGACUGAUGGUGAUUCCUCUGCCGGUGGAGGAGCAAUGUAGAGGAGUGCUGUCAGAACCUCUACCUAACCUGCAGCUCCUUACAGGAGACGCCCAGUUCAGUGAGGGGAUGGGAUAUCCCAUGAUGCAACAGUGGCAGGUCCGGAGUAACCUCUACAAGGUCAAGCUCAGUGCCAUCACUCUAUCUACAGGGUUCUCAAAGGUUCUAAAGUCUCUGACGGCAGACAGCACACGUGACGAGCUCCUGUCCUUUAUCCAGCAGUAUGGCAGCCAUUACAUCUCCGAGGCCCUGUAUGGCUCCGAGCUCAGCUGUAACAUCUACUUCCCCAGCAAGAAGGUGCAACAGCAGCUCUGGCUCCAGUAUCAGAAAGAGGUGACUGAGCAAGUGAGCCGCCGAGACCUGAAAGCCGUCCCCUUUAUCACCUUCCUGUCUGACCUAAUGAAGACUCAGCUGCUGUCUGAUGACCUGGUGGCUGGAGUGGAGAUCCAGUGUCAGGAGAAGGGCAGCUGCCCUGCGGCGUGUCACCUGUGCAGGCAGGUGGGCAGAGACAGUCCCAGCCCUUUGCCUGCACUGCUGGAUGUCAGCCGUUCAGUACCACUCUUCAGCCUCAUCCAGGACAACCUCACCAAAGAGGCCUUCAAGAGUGCCGCCAUGAGCUCAUACUGGUGCGCCGGCAAGGGUGACGUCAUCGAUAACUGGUGCCGCUGCGACCUGAGCGCUUUUGGCAGCGACGGCCUGCCCAACUGCAGCCCCCUGCUACAGCCCUUAUUGAGGUUGUCUCCUCACCUCGAGCCCUCAAGCACUGUCGUGGCCCUUGAGUGGAUAGAUGUGGAGCCUCUUAUUGGUUACAAAGUCGCCGAUUACAUCAUCCAACAUAAGCGAAUUGAGGACCCAUCCGAAGCUGAGAUCUACACUGGAGAGGUACUGAGUCUGGUGGAUGACCUGUUUUCUGGAUUGGGCUCUUCAUGUGUGGUUCCUGGAAGAAAAAGUGGAGAACAUGCUCAUUCUCAAAUCUACUCCCUCAUCUUUAAGUGCCUGGAACCUGAUAGCCUCUAUAAGUUCACUCUGUACGCCUUGGACAGUCGAGGCAGCCGGUCUGAGGCGAGCUACGUGACAGUGCGCACUUCCUGUCCGAUCGUGGAUGACAGCAGAGCAGAAGAGAUUGCAGACCGGGUUUACAACCUGUACAAUGGCUACACAAGUGGCAAAGAACAGCAGACAGCCUACAACACGCUGAUGGAGAUUCCUCCACCCACACUGUACCGUGUACAACACCAUUACAACUCGCACUACGAGAAGUUCGGGGACUUUGUGUGGCGGAGCGAGGACGAGCUAGGACCCAGGAAAGCUCACCUUAUCCUAAGACGAGUGGAUCGGAUCAGCCUCCUCUGCCGCUCUCUUCUCCGGAGUGGUUACAUCCAGAGCCGGACCGAGUCCAUGCCGUAUGUCAUGUGCAGGAGUGAGGACAUGCGAUUGGCUAGCAGCACUUGGCACAGCUCUCUCCAUGAGACACGGCUAACCUGUGUGGAGAAGAUCCUGUCUGUCCAGCGCAAUAUAUACGGGAAGUCCAAACUCCGGUGAAAGAACCUGUUCAACUUUAAAACUCCUUCCUUCUCUGCUCUGAUCUGAUAAGUUUUCUAAACUUAUACGAAAAUGCAAGACUGUUCAAACUUUUCACCAAACGAAGGGACUUCUUUUGUCCCACUUUGACUUGUCUUUUAGCAUGGAGGAGGGGGACUCCUUUACUUUUUACUUUUUUUUUUUGUUGUUUUUGUAAGGACCAGUCUGAAGAAGGCCUGAAUGUAUGGUACACACUUUAUGGUGCUGCAACUUUCACACACAAGACGGACGACGAAGACCUUUCACAUGCGUCUGUAACAUAUUUUGGAAGCAAGCGGAAUGGAGAAUGCGAAGGCUUGAAUCAUCUUGAAUGCAAUGCAACGUUUGAAAAUUAUUAUCUCCAACAUUUAAGGGGUCUUUGGUGUCUAUAUUAUCCAUCUAUUCAUCGCUCCACAAGGAGCAACCUUGUGGCUUUAUUUCCUUUUUUUCACAGGCAGACUAUUUCGAUGCAAGGGACUCCCUCUUACCGCUAACUUAAUGAUUAGUUCAGGGCUGUGACACAUCAUUACAGUUUUUCUCGGUUGCUUUCUUCAGAUCAGAAAAGAAAUCCUCAAAACUGAUUGUUCAACCUGGACAUCAUGAAGUUUCACGUCGUAAAAGCAAUUUGAACAAAUUGAGAAUGUUUUGGUCCAUUAAUUAUGUGUAAUCGUCUGAUGUUUCCUACAUUAGUUUGUCAUGUUGAUCCAAAUAAAUGAUUCUGGUUCUCGCCUGCAUACCCCCCAAAACAUCUCGACAUCAGCUCGUAGUAUUAGUCAUUAAAUGCAAAAUCGUCAUGUGUGAAGCUACAUUUCUAUUUAUUUUAUUUCUCGUAAAUACAAGUCAAGUCAAGAAGCUUUUAAUGUCAUUUCUACCAUAUAUCUGACGCAGUACA